AUGGACCCCAAGGACCGCAAGAAGAUCCAGUUCUCCGUCCCGGCGCCCCCCAGCCAGCUGGACCCCAGGGCAGUGGACAUGAUCCGCCGCCGGAGGCCCACGCCUGCCAUGCUCUUCCAGAUGUCGGAGCACUCGUCCCCAGAAGAGGAUUAUUCCCCAUACCAGAGAACACUGGGCGAGGGCCACCUGCUUAAAACAAAGAGGACCAACCCGUGUGUCUACACGCCUCCCUCUCUUAAAGCCAUGCAGCGCAUUGUGCAGUCGCACCUGGAGGCCAGCAGCGGCCUGGAGGACGAGGAGGCUGCCGAGCACGAGGACAGCUCCGAAGGGGAGGCCGAGGACGACAAGUCGUGUGACCCAGACGACAUCGACUCCGAGAUCCCCGGCCCGUGUGAACUAGAGAGCAGUGUCGUUCCUGGAGCCCAGGCGAUGAAGGACCUGCCUCUGGCACCUGAGGCAGUGGCAGCCCGUCCCAAGCCAGCUCUGCCGAAGCAGCACUCCGCCCCGGGAAAUGAGGCCAGAGCAUUUGAACCACGUAUCUAUCCAGCUGUCGUCAAAUCACACAAAAGGAAAGGUGGCCAGAAAGUGUCCUUCGCUGGCGGGAUAGCGGAGCUCGGGGAUGAGCUGAACUCGCUCGCUGAAUGGGAGAAACCUGAAGCUACUGAAGGAGACGGGACCAAGGCCCAGGAACCGGAUCCAGGACAGGACAGUCCUUCUCCAAGCGAACACAAGGAGCGGAGACACGUUGGCUUUGCAGAGAGACCUCCCCGCUCCGUUAACGUAGAGAACUGCCCCGCCACCUCCCCACUCGGAGGCACCAGUUAG